AUGAAUCUUCAUCCGGAUCAAGGAAUAAGCCCCCUUUGCCGCGCUGCUGCGGUUGAUGCUUUACUCGUCAUUGACCGUUGUCUCGAGAUGGGUGCCAGAAUUGAUUUCGAGGGUAGCUCAUAUGGAUCAGCAUUAAUGGCAGCGUGUGCAAACUGCCGCCUUAGAGCGGUAAAACACCUCGUCAAGCGCGGUGCGUCUAUUGUUUACCAUGGCGAAUGUGGUCUCACAAGUGCGAUUCAAAUGGCGAAUGGGCAUGAGAAGAUUAUACGAUGGUUACUUGUCGGGCAAUUCAUUGAGCAGCCUAAACUCGAGUACUGUACCUUUCAAGAUUUGAAUAAUAGCCCGCCACUUCGAUGUUGGUCAGGUAUCCAAGAAGAGUCAAUGAGGCUUACCGGGCAUUAUGAACGUCGGCCUAAUGAGUCCCUUUUAAGUUAUAUUUCCAGACUAUCUACGAUUCGCAGGGACAUGCGAGGCCGAGCUCUGCCGCUCCAUCAAGGGGAUCCUCUUACGGGUCUUUUCAAUAUUGUUCGUUAUCAGGUCUAA